CAACCACAUUUGACGAUGGCAGCCGCUGCACCAAGCCAAGGAACUUCCGCCCCGCCUUCGGGAAGCGCUGCCGGCCUUCGCAAUCGAAAACCUGCUGCCAAGAGUGUGAACAACGGCCGUGGCAUGGGAGGAAGUUCUGCUGGUGUCCUCCGCUUCUACACGGAUGAUGCCCCUGGUCUCCGAGUCGGACCUACCACCGUGCUCGUCGGAGCUUUGCUGUUUGUCGGGUUUGUCGUGCUCCUCCAUGUGUGGGGCAAGUUCCGUGGUUAGAUAUCUUGUAUAAAUAACGAAAGACAGCACCUAGAUUCCA